UCCGUAAUUUCCAUCUGGACAUAAAUCGACACCAAGUCCAGGUCACACCAUAUCCGACAUGUCUUCCUCCGAAAGUCCUGCCGCCGAUGGUCCCAAUACCAAGGGGCCCUGGACAGAGGAAACAAAACGUAAAUUCGAGACUAAGAGCAAGAGUCAGUACUUCGAUCCCUGCCAAGAUGCUGCUGCCCGCAGUAUUAGGUGCUUGAAACGGAAUAACGGCGACAGGGAAAUGUGCGGCGAGUACUUCCAGGCGUAUCGCGACUGUAGGCAAGCAUGGAUGGAUAAGCGAAGGGAAGAGAGAAGAAAAGCAGGCUACUUGUUCUGAGCGAACAAACAACGACAGACACCAGACAAACACCAGAAUACGGGGCUGGGAGGAUCUGGGGAACAGCUAUGUGCUCCAUGGGGAGUCGUCUUUGCCCGUCGGCUUCCGAGGACCUUCUACUUCCACAUCCAACGAUCCAUGUGGCCACGAUAUCCAUACGGCGCAGGUCUGUUGGAGAGAAAUACGAUAUGUGUUGGCCGGACGAGGAUCUUGUAAUACCACGUGUAUUUCUACAUCUACAAGCUUCAGGAAGGAUUACGAAGCGAAUGACUUCAAUUUCAUGACUAUUGGAAAACAAGGAGAGAA